GUCUUCUGUCUCUAAGACAUAACACCCUGGCGACAGAAUUCUGCGUUCAGUUCAAGUUUCUAAGAAAUUUGAAGUUGCACAUGCCUGGCCUUCUCGUAUCUGAUGAUGGAGGAGGCAUCUUUGCUUCCAUUGAGCAUAUAGGACUGAGAUAGACAGACAUGGGUAAUGAGAUGGGUAACACCAAUGUCUCAAGCAUGAAAGUGGAGGAAGGGAAAGCCGAAGCUCACUUUCAGGAUAAUCUUUCAGACAAUUCACUCACUGAUCCUGUCAAGAAACAAAUAAUAGUUGAAGAUUGUAUCCCACCUGCAGGAGCUGAGGAAAUUGAAGAGAAGCAAGUAAUAUCGACUGUUCAGGAUCACCCAAAUGCAGGUGAUCAGCUCAAGCAUCAGUUGUCUCAUGCAAGAGAUGAAUCAUUAACAACUAUCAAUGAAUCCUGUGACGCUACAAUUCAUCACCUUCUUGUGGAGGAGAAAGAAGCAAGACAGGUGGCUGGAUCUGUGUCAAUGGAAUCAGGAGGUUCAAAGGCUGAGCAUGAAUCUAUUACAGUCCUUCCCGAAGCGAUUAUAAUUGAUGGGGCAGAAAUGCCACUAAGUUCAUCUCUGGAAGAUAAAGGUGUCAUCUACCUGAAUUUGGAAGAAGCCAAAUGUGAGAAAAAUGUUGAUCAUGAAAAGGAAACAAUUGACACAGAUGACCAUCCUGAGAGAGAGAUGAUAUCAAGCCCAUAUGUAGAUAUUGAUGCCAAGGAUAUCAAAUCCUUGAACCAGAUGGGAGCCCAAACUAGCAGCAUCCAUCAGGUGGAUGAAAAUAUUUUCCAAGAAAAGCAAGGAACAGCCAAAAGCUGCGACCAUGAAGAGAACAUCAGAUCUCCCUCUACUCAAAGUGAAUCUAAUGAACCUGAAAUUGUUACAUGUGAGCCGUUGGUCCAUUUAGAAGACCGCAAGGCCAAAACACUAUCGAAAUCGAACGAGCUUCCUGAAUCAUCUAGCCAACACAGUGGUGAUAUAAAAAUCGAAAAGCAUAUCCAAAACAUGGUCUUAAAAAUAGUGGAGGAUAGACAUGGGGCUGAAUUGAGAGAAUGCAAACACCAAUCAAGUCCAGCCCACGAAUUGCAUAUAGAAGAAACAGGGCAGGGAACAUCUGUAAAUGAAGAUGGUCUUCCACAAACUGAUGUUCCAGCUGUUGAUACAACUGCUCAUGAGGGUAAAAAGGAAAUCUCUGAACCCAUGAUUGUCUUUCUGAUGCUCAAUGAAAUGACUGAGCCAACACUAGAAGAUGCCAAUGCAACUUAUUUUACACCUAGGAGCCAAUCUCAGCCUCUGGAAUUUUUAUCUGAUACUGAAGUGGAUAAACCAGAAGAGGAGUUCUGUGGAAUGAGUUCGUCCACUGUAGGAAUAGUUCCACCAUCUCUUAUUGUUUGUGAGAUAAAAAAGGAAAAUGGAACAACCGAUGGAUUAGAAGGAAACUUUUCAAACGUAGACCCGUUUUCAGAGAAAGAAACAGGUCAAAUAGAGGUCGCACUUCAAAUGAGGGGAGAUAAGACUGAAAUGUUUUCUAGGGACCAAGACGAUAAACCAGAGAAAGAGCGUAAGGAGGUCGUGCCACCAACCCCUACAAUCUCUGAGAACAAAAUUGAAAAGGAAAACGUGGACUCCUGUACAGAUAAACAAAGAGAUAAUUCUGAGAAGGUGAAUCAAACGAAGGAUGGUGACAUGAAAGGAGACCAACUAGCAAGCGAGUCCACAGUGAAGCACGACAGGAAGAAGUUUCUGAUUAUAGAAGAUGAAUCCGAGAUGGAGGUUAGUAGUCCAACUGAAGGUGCAGUAAACAAUGGCAGUGAAACAAUCAAAGAUGAUGUCCUAAUUGAGCAAGCCGAGACAACAGAGGCCAUUAAACUGAAGGACGAAGCCGUGGAAAUGAAAUCAGUAUCUGAUUUGUUUGGCCAACCUGACCACCACAACGAAAACAGUGACGCCACAGCUUGCACACUUGACAAAUGUCCACAUGCUGAAACUGCAUCCGUAGACAUUGAUAAGUCACGGAACGGUGAUUCUGCAAAAGUUUCAGCGUCCGAGGGAAGUGAGUCAGGUAAGCUCAGAAGUCCACUUAAGAUCUUUUUCAAGACAGGCACAGCGUCUCGUUCCAUCAAAGAGGAAAGCCAGGAGACCAGCAACACUGGUGAUUCACUGAGCUGCCAUCUUAAGGAAAUGAGUCUGCCGUCAUCAGAAGGGAGAGCAAAACAAAAGACAAGGUCAAUAUUCAGCAGCUGCAUGUGUUGCACCGCAGUGAUCCGCUAAGCAUUUCAGUUUGGUUUCCAUGGGAGUUAUGUUUAAAGGUUUUCUCAUAUUUGGGUAUGUGAAUUUGAGGUUCUGCGACCCUUUCCUUUUUAUCUUCUUUCAUUUUGUUGGUUUUCCAUGAGCGUGCUUCCCGUCACAAAAGCAUUUGAGCGUUCGGAUUCGACAGCAUAAACGUUCAGAGUUUGGGAACAUUGGGAUAUCUGAAUACAAGGAAGUAUGAUGUUGGGGAAGAAUCUUAACUUUUCGAGCGGUGUCUUCCGUUGAAAAAUGUCAUCGUAGUUUUUGCCGUCAUCUGUAUUUGCUUUUCAAAAGGAGCAUGUCAUUUACGUUCCUGGUUCUAAAAUCUUGUACAUCUUCUGUGUUUACUGCUUGGUCCAUCCAAACGAAGAUUGUGUUACAUUUA